AUGAAGGAUUGGCAACAAGUGAUUGUGUGCGAAAUGUGCCCUGCCAUUGCGAGGCGCGAGCGCGGAGAAGUUGAGGACGGUCACGUGCAAGUGUUAUCGAUAGAGUAUCGCGGACGACAAUCUUCUGGUCUCUUCGAGGGCGCGAUGCUGUCGCGAUGGGGAAAUGGACUCGACUCGGCGCAGGUGCGCAUCCUAUCAGAAAUUCUCGAGGCGCCCGAGGGUUGGAGACAGUACGCGACCAAUUCGGAAAAUGACGAACUGAGUGAUAAAGUGGUGGGGGAUGUCUUACAGAAACUGAAUGCCGUUUUGAAGCAGCAUAAUCGGAUUGUUUACUCCUCCCAGGCGGUUCAUCAUGUGGCACAGCAAAUAGCCAGUCUCUACUGGACCUCCAUCACCCAGGCCUCACGCAGUGAGCAUUCACUUGAGAGGGGGGUUGAGAAAACGGUAGAUUUGUCGAGCCAUGUGAAUAUUUCUCAACUUCCUGUGGAAUUGCAAGACCCAUCCGCAAGUGAGGAAGAACGUUUUAGGUAUCAGCAACUACGUGAGCAUCUCAUUAGCCUCGACAACCGGCGACAACAGCGACAGCGGCGUCUGGACCAACUGCGACAAUUGAAACGUCUACUGGAACCGUUCCAAGCACCUCAGGAGAACAUACAACCGAACCUUGUCACUCGCGAUGGGGAGCUGAUGCAAGAACUGGAAAAAAUGAGAAUGUUGGUUGCGCGAGUGGGAGGUCGGAUCAAUCAAAGCCAGCGGGCAAGCAGCCAUGAGAGCAAUGCUUCGUACCCACUAGGAGCCGACCAGAAGCUUGAAGCCUUAUUCGAUAUGAUGUAA